AUGAGUGGAAUGAUAGAGAAUGGCUUACAGCUGUCGGAUAAUGCCAAAACGCUGCAUAGCCAGAUGAUGUCGAACGGUAUAGGCGCACUGUUCACACAACAAGAGCUCCAAAAACAGAUGGGAAUCGGGUCAUUAACAGACUUGAUGUCCAUUGUACAGGAAUUGCUGGACAAAAACUUGAUCAAACUAGUAAAGCAAAACGAUGAGUUGAAAUUCCAAGGUGUCUUGGAAUCCGAAGCACAAAAGAAAGCCACGAUGUCAGCUGAAGAGUCACUGGUAUAUUCUUAUAUUGAGGCCAGUGGCAGGGAGGGGAUAUGGUCCAAGACUAUCAAAGCGAGAACCAAUCUCCACCAGCACGUAGUUCUCAAAUGUUUGAAGAGUCUAGAAUCUCAAAGAUACGUAAAGAGUGUCAAGAGUGUUAAAUUUCCCACAAGAAAGAUAUACAUGCUGUACAGUUUACAACCAUCGGUGGACAUCACGGGGGGGCCAUGGUUUACAGACGGAGAACUGGAUAUAGAGUUCAUCAACAGUUUAUUGACCAUUGUUUGGAGGUUCAUAUCGGAGAACACCUUUCCUAACGGCUUUAAAAAUUUCGAAAACGGACCUAACAGAAACGUCUUUUAUGCACCAAACGUAAAGAACUACUCCACUACACAAGAAAUCUUGGAAUUCAUCACAGCGGCACAAGUUGCCAACGUAGAGUUGACACCAUCGAACAUCAGAUCACUAUGCGAGGUCUUGGUGUAUGACGACAAGCUGGAAAAGGCCACGCACGACUGUUAUAGAGUGACCUUGGAGAGUAUCCUACAAAUGAACCAAGGUGAAAGUGAACAGGAGGCUGGAGACAAAGCAGAGGAGGAUGAAGAAGACUUUUCCAUCUUUAACUACUUCAAGAUGUUCCCGGCCUCCCAGCACGACAAGGAAGUGGUCUACUUCGAUGAAUGGACGAUUUGA